GUAAGUGUCGGAAUAAGAGCGUUCUGUGAUGGUCCAGCCAAUAGAUUGUUCUUUUCUUUUCAUAUGAGUGAAGUGCUCACAUUAAGUGCUCAAUGUAAUCUCAGUUCACGGUACCUCGCAUCACUGUUGUUAGUGCAGUCAACCGGUGUGACUGACAAUAUGAGUGCAGCGUGUUACUCGAUGGCGUCGUCGUCGCCGUAAGCGUCAGGAAUUAUCGUGUGAAAGUUGCAAAAGCGAUCAACCGGUAGCGCACAAGCAGUGGCGUCAUUCACUGUUGGUGUGCUCUUCUCUCCAGUCCACCCAGGUCAGAGUCAUACAUAGUUCGGACAAGUGGAAGAAUUGUCGCGUCAUUACCGAAACAAAUAGACAUCAUCCGAGAGCAGCAUGGCAGUUUCAAAAUUCAGUGACGUCGACGAGUAUGGCUUCAAGCGGGAACCGGACUUCGACUACCAGUCGUACGAGAACAUAAUGUCCAGAUACUACACGGUGCUGACGACGCGGAGCAUGAAGUGGCAAAAGUUCGCCAAAGAUGCGGACAUUCUAUCGAACCCUCGCAAGUUGAAACGCUUCGUCCGCAAGGGCAUUCCUGGUCCCCUGCGGGAGGAAGUGUGGAUGAAAUCGUCCGGUGCCUAUCGAAUGCAGCAGCAAGAGCCCAGUCUCUAUCAGACUUUGCUGCGGUACGAGUACGAUCAGGAAAUUUCGGACCAAAUCAAAAUCGAUCUUCCCCGUACCUUCCCGGACAACAUCCACUUCGAACAGUAUAAGCUCGGUCUAUACAACGUGCUGAUAUCGUAUGCACAUCACAACGUAGCGGUCGGCUACUGCCAGGGACUGAAUUACAUUGCCGGUCUGAUACUGAUUGUGACGAAGAAUGAAGAAUCAACGUUUUGGUUGCUCAAAGUGCUGGUUGAGAACAUCGUCCCACUCUACCACACCAAAAAGAUGGAAAACCUCAUUACGGAUAUCGACGUUCUCAGCGAACUGGUUAGGCUACGAGUACCGGAUGUGCAUAAACACAUCGCUGAUUUAGGACUGCCAUGGCCUGUGAUAGCCACCAAGUGGCUUAUUUGCCUUUACGCGGAAGUGGUCCCGACAGAGACCGCCCUUCGGAUAUGGGACUGUGUGUUUCGCGAGGGCAACAAAAUUCUGCUUCGAGUGGGCAUUACCAUCGUGAUACAACUGCGACAGGAAAUCCUUGCAACGGAUGAUAUUUCUACGCUAAUAGGCCUAUUUCGAGCGCUCGAGAAGAAUCCCAUCCUUAUGGAUUGUCAUCGGUUUGUGAAAAGUAUCUUCAAGCUGCCAGGGACGUUGAAACGAGCUGAAAUCGAUCGACUUCGAAGGCAAAUCUAUGAAGAAAGGAUAGCCAGUAAACAAAAAGAUUCCUAGGGGCUGGAGGACUAUAUCCUCAAGAGAUAUAGGCUGAACUUGGUGUAACCGGGAACCAAAAGGGUACCCCUAUUCAGUGCGUGGCCUUCGUAAGCAAGGAUUCAACGUUCCACAUUUCAAACGAUGUUUCCUGAGAAUUCAGUUCGCAUAGCAAAUGCUAAUUGAGUUUGCACUAGAAUCAGUUUCCGGGAAGCAUCAUUUGCAAUGAUAAUAAAAGCUGCCAGAUGAGCUCGGUUUCUGCUCAGCUCACCCGCUUCGACAGGAGUGCCGGAAAAUUAGAGAAUAUGGUUUAUGGAACACUUCCAGAUAAGCGAAAUAUGCAAAUUUUGCUCACGUUGACGACUCACUGGCUUUCACCGGCUGUGAUUAGCUGGUUCUUCAUCGUAAUUAAUUGACAUCAGAUACGUGUCACUACCACAGGUUUUGUUGCUCCAUAUUUUUUUCUGGUGCUCUUAUCAAGUUGAUAAAACAAAGAUAAGUACGUACAGCAUUUCAUAUGGUUUUAAACGUUUGAAAGUAAAUAUAAUAUGAAAGCUCGUCAAAUAGCGAUAUAUCGGUGAGAACAACGCGUUAGAAAACGUCCCAAGAAGUAUUUAUAUCGAAUAUUUGUACAGGCCUGCUCCAUUCAAAAUAAUCAAAAGGAUUUUCCAGUUUUAGGUAACGUCAGUAUCAUUCGUAAUGUUGUAGAUUGCACGAAAUCGCCAUAGUGUCUUGUGCGUAGAAUUUUCAAAUCGCCAGAAGAAUUAUCGCGCAGCUGGUACUGUCAUUGUUAAAACAAUAGCUUGGGACAUCACAAAAGAUAGGCUGGGGUACAAACGUUUCAGCAAAACUGUUCAUUGUAUCAUUAACUGAAGUGAGACCCUUAUAAUAGAAAACCCUACUUACUACUUAGUCAUUAGACGUGUUAGCAAAUUGAUAUGUUUAAGCAGCUACUUAGGACAAUAAUAUAUUUUGAAAAAUUAUCGUUGAAUAUAGAGGUGCACAUCAUUGCGAAGCAUAUGUUGGGUAAUUUUACAAUGUGAUUCAUGUUUGUUUUUGUUGUGUAAACUAUUGUAAGCAAACUACUUAUAGCUCAAAUAAAAUAUACUCCUUGAUGGAUGAA